GAAAUGAAAAGAUUUACUAACGAGAAAUCCCAAAUUUCUGAAACGUCAACUCUUUAUCAUAAAUCGAUAGUUUCUGCUAGUGAGGCUGUAAUUCCAUCUUCGUCAUUUGGAAAAGAAACAGAAUGUCAUCUCAAGAAAGCUAUUCUUGAUGCAAAAUAUAUGCAUGCCAGCUCAAGUUACCAAGCUACAAAGAUCGAAGUAGAUGAGAAAUUGAAGAAAAGGUCACGGGAAAUAUUUGAAAAGACAAGGCAUGAAAAAGAAAAAGAGGAAAGAGAAGAAAGCAAAAAAAGAGCAAACUUACAACGAUUAAUCAGAGAAAGAAAAGCUCAUUUAGCUGUAAUUGAAAAGGUUGAAGCGCAAGUUGUUCAUCCUAAUGAGUACUUUCAGUAUUUCUUGGAACUUGAAAAGCAAUGCGGGAAUAAGUCGUGCACAUAUGAUGAAAGAAAUGCCGAUUGGUACAUCACUUCUUCUUAUUAUUUGGGAAGUUAUUGAUCAAGAAGUUUGAUUAUUUUUAAAAAUAAGGAGAAAGAAAAAGAAGAAGAAAACUUAAAUUUAAAGAAGCUAGCUAAGAGAUCUAAUUAAACUUUGUUUGCAUGUAAUUAAAUAUUAGUACUUUUUUUAAUUUAUCGGAUGAUAGAUUGAAAUUAUUUGAAUAUAAUAACUUUAAAUUACUUCAAAGAAAGUUUUUAAUUCAUAAUAUUUAAAAAUGUUAUUGUAUGUUAUGUAGGAAUUAUUAAUUUUAUGGUAAAAUUUGACAAUAAUGAUACAAUUAAAAAAAUGUGACCAUGACUAUGUUGAUUGUGAAUUAAUAACUCUCAACUCAACUUUUUAUGACAGUUAAAAUUAUAACUACCAAAAUGUUAAAGCAAAUAA